CGUGUGUGAUCGCAGCAGUAACAACAUCGCAAAAUACCACCCGCCGAGCAACCGUUUUAGUUCGCUAAUAAUAUUAAACUAUUUUUAACGUUAUUCCCCAUAAAUGUGGCGUCAGUUUUGUGAAACAAUUCAGUGCUCUGUGCAGUGUGUGUGCCUAUUAACGGAUUUUUGUAGUUGUACAGAUGGCGUAGAAAAGCAGUCAGAAAUUUCCAUCGCUAAUGCUAUUUAAUAUCUAAUGGAAGGAGAAGCUAUUGACACCAAUAAUAUAAUUUCAUCUAUAAAGAAAUUUAGCACCGAUGGAAAGGUAGAGCACAGAAGUAUUCAAGCAUUAUUAAAAACAUUUAUUCUGCCAGAAAACGACAAGAUGGCUAUAAAAGAGAAUCAAAGGAACAGCGAUAAAUAUGUAUAUACCGUGCCAAUCACAUCUUCUAUAUCAACGGUAAAUGAAAGAGCUAAAUUAAUAAACGAGGCAAAACUAGCAUUUUUAAAUUCUACAGUAAGUUCUUCCCCUUUAUCAAAAACUGUUACAAAGAAAGUGGAACCUACUAUUCACUAUGCACAAUUAGCUAUAGCUCGAGGAAGCGAAGAUACCAGAAGUACAGGUGGAGGGAGAAACUCGCAACAGACGUCAAAUAUAAAAGACAAAGAAACAACGACUGUUCCAUUAGGCAUAUCAUAUAAUACAAAGAAAAAACUAGAACAACAACAACAAAGAAGAGUAAGUUUCAAAAUAAAAACUGCGUCGAAUUCCUAUAGACGACCACCGUUAGCUACGAAAACUAUGACAAUAACAAGUAGUAACGUGUCCGAGUUAACGAAGAAAUUUAAUAAUUUAGUAAGUGACGAGAAUAACGGACCUAUAAAGCAAUCGAAACUUGCAAAAACCAUAGAAGAUUUACAAAUGGUAUCACGGUGUUCAGCUAGUAAUAGUUCAACCCCAUCGUCGACUCUUAGUUCCAGUCCAAAUAUAAAGAUAGUCGUUCGACAACGGCGAGGCUCGAAACGGCGCAACAGUAAAAAAAGAUGUUCUAGCGUAGACUCUAUUGACAAACUAUUGCUAUCUGACAAUUCAUCUACAAAAAUACGUGUAAUACGAUCCAAGUCUGACGGUACCAAAAUUCCGAAAUCGCCUAAGAAACGCUUAAAGUAUCCAGAUGUAAACAGAGAGCAUAGUGGUUCUGACUCAGUAGAUGGUAGUCCUCUUAAAACUAAGGACAAUGAACCAAAGAAACAUAUUGAUAUACCACAAAGCAAUGGGGUUAAAAGUGUAAUAAAAAAAUUUGAAUGUGAAAUCACAGCUCAAUGUAAUGCUAAUGCCCCAAGACGGCCAAAAGAUCAAAUUAAAAGUACAAUACUGUCAAAAGAAAAACCUAAAGUACCUGAGAAGAAGUCUUCAUUAGUCUUAACCAAAAAUGUUGUUGUUAAAGAUGGAAUUCCAAAAAUAAAAACAAUUAAAGUAACACAGUCAACAGCUAAUAAUAUUUUACCGAUUCCAACACAAGAUGAUAACAAAAACGUCGAAUCAGAUUUGAUGAAAAAGAGAGAGCCUAUAUAUGAUAAGAAAAAGUUCAAAACUAAUUACAUACACUUAGAAAAAAUGCCUUUAAAAGUUGUUGAAAUAAUUCAGGAAGAUAUCAAUGAAAGUAAGAUUUCUAUUUCCAGUGAUAAACCAGAAAUAUGCUCAACUAAAUCCAAAGAAGAAACGACGUAUCAAGAAGUCAAUUCAAAUAUAACUCCGAAUCAAUCAUUUUUGUGGAGUAGAAAAAAUAAUACUUACUCCGAAAUUGAUAAAUCAGUAUCUGAUGGCUCGUAUAGCAUUAUAAAUAUUUCAAAAAGUGAUAAUAGUAUGGAGCGCGUCGAAGAAAUCUCAAUAAACAAAAAUGAAUCUCAAGAAUCUGAAACUAUUGAGUCUCAAGGAACCAUUGAUGAACAUACAGAAACAAAAGUCAAAUGGGAUCCUUAUUCAGAUUUUGAAUCAAAUUUAGUGGAAGCUUUUAAUAAAGAAGUUCUUGUUGGCUAUACAUCAAAACCAGAAAAAGAUUUAAUUCUUGAAAACGAUUACGAACUAUUGGAACCUAAGGAUAUCGAUAAUGUCGUUGUGAUUCCAAUUAAAAACGCCGACAAACAAUCAAAAAUUAAUUGUCCUUUACCAGAAAUUCCUAAAAUAAUAUACACUGAAUCUCCUGUAGAAACUGAAAAUACUAUUUCGCGACGAGAUGACGAUAAUAUUUAUCAAUGUCUAUUAGAGCUAAGAUCGCAUCCUGAAGGCGAUGAAAACAGCUUCCAUAAUUACGAACUUUGUGAUAGUAGAUUGGAAGAGAGAACACGUGGUGAUGGUGAUAGUGAUAAUGGUUAUGAAUACUGCAAAUCCCUUAUUAAACCAUAUUGCGUAACUUCCAGCUCAGGUAUUCAAAUCGCUGAAAACUACCAACACUCCGAAAAUAAUAGUAAAAACUACGCCAUCUCCAAAUCUGUUAGUGGAACAUCUACAGUGAGCUAUGAAAAAAUUGGCCCUGAAAGAAUAUACGAGAAAAUUCCAGUACGUCCUCCAAAAUCCAAAGACAGCAGUCCCACUUAUAGCAGUCGACACUCUUUCGUUUCAUCCGAUUAUACGGGCUAUAAUGAUACAGAAAAUAUAUAUGAUACUAUUAAACAAAGCGACGCGACGUCUCUUUCCCAUUGCUAUGAAAGUAUACCGAACAGUCCGAGUAUGGUUAAGCUCCGCACAAAUAUAAAGAAGCACCUGUCUGGUAUACAUAAGCGUCUCUCUUUCGAUACCGUGUCCACUAAUAGUCGUUGUACAAUAUCAAGUGAACAAAAGACGAACAGCAUAUACGGCCAGAGAUCUGUAUUAAGCUACAAUGGGCAAGAGAUCGCAUUCCAGGUGCCUAGCAGUGACACAAGCGUCAGCGACAGAAGUGAUGAUUGGGUCGACAUCUCUGAUGAAGAAAAAACUGAUGAACAGAAGAUUAUAAUUGUCCAAGAAAUUAGUCGCGGCAGAAAGAGUCCUGUAAGCUGGUCGCAAAAAGUACGACACCAAUGGCAAAAGUCGCCAGUUCAAGAAAAUAAACAAAAAGACUGCGACAGUAGUGACUCCGGCCAUCUGUAUGAGAGCCUGGAGCCGCCACUAGUAGCACAGUCCGCGUCGGCACCCACACCGCUGCCCCUCGAUGACGACUUCGACUCAUUCGACAGCGAUUCCGAUGACGACCACGAUGCUCAUAAGAGUGCACAAGCGCCGCCGAUGCUACCGUCGUCGCGGUUGCCGUCACCGCCGACCGAGAGAGGGCAGUACACGCUCACCAAGAUAGCCAGCGCCGCCCAGCGGAAGAUGAGGGAGAUAAAACGCAACCUUACCAAGAGAUAUAACGUGGCAAUGGAUGGCAAAUCUUUAACAAAAUCGUUCAGCAACAAUCAAAACGGUACAUACGACACAACUAAAAAAACGAAAACUCCAAUAUAUGCCAACUGUGAGAAGCCAGAGAUUCAGCAAGUGUACAGCAAUAUCAACUUCAACGACACUAAACCCGUGCUCAAUAAGACUGAAAAUCCCGUGAUAAAAGUCAACGGGACCUUUAAAGAGGAAUUGAAGACUGUUAUAGGGGAAAAGAGACACAGUAACGGGGAUGUACCGCCACCUCUGCCUGACAAGCCUCCCCCGGAGAAGCCCACGACCCCUACAAGUGAGAACAGCAAGAAGGACAGCGGCACGUUGUCCAGGAAGACUUACUUCUCGUUCAAAUCUAGAUUCAGGCGGGCGUCGUCGCUGGCAGUCGACAUAAAUACAGAAGUACCUAGCGCGCUGAAGAUCACCAACUCCACUUUUUACUUGACUGACUCGAUGGAUGGAGACUCCGGCUUUAGUAAUUGCAGCGACAACGGGCAGCCCGGCAGCACGGAGACGCUGUCUCCGGCCGCAGGUGGCGCAGGCCGCCGCCGAGACGGUAGGAGCCGACCGUGGGCCGAGUCGUCCCCGUGCCUCGCGCUCGAGCGGCCCGCGGUGCCCCCGCCGCCGCCGCCCGGGCCCCACCCGCCCACUGACCUUAGCGCUGUCAACGAAGAAUUGAAGCGUCUACUGCCGACCCUAUCGCGGAAGGACAAGGGUCCGCGCACGCGCACGUCGUGGUACGCCGGCUGCGGUGCCGACAUGCCUUCUGUCAACACCUCCACUGCAUCCUGGUACGCGGAGGCAGGUUUAUACCAAGCGGGCAACAUUUCGACGUCAUCAGGGGCGUCAUCAGGCUCGCAUCCUGCGUCGCCGCUGCCGCACUCGUUGUUCACUCACGAACCACUCUAUCAGUUCUACAACGCGGCCAAAGUAGAGUCUGUGUGUCGUGAGACGGGCGACUCGGAUUCGGACGCGUACGAGGUGAGCGCAGGAGCGGAAGCGGGCGCGGAAACGCCAGCGGACGCGAGCACGGGAACGGCACCGAACGCACGACCAUCCGCCAUGGCACUAGUAGCGCCGCGGGGACCCGCUCGCACCCUCUGGUGCGAGGUACCCGAGGUCGUCAACUCCACUGUACUAAGUUCCCUCGCGCCGGCGCAGAAGCGUCUCCAAGAAGCGAAGUUUGAACUGCUAACGUCGGAAGCGUCGUACCUUAACUCGCUAAACGUGUUGGAGGCGCACUUCAUCUCCCACCCCGCCUUCCGGGACACACAAAUACUGCCCGCUGAAGACUUCGACACCCUCUUCUCCACAAUACUGCCAGUGCGCAAGUGUUCACAACGCCUUAUGAACGAGCUGGAGAAGUGCUGGCAAGAAAACAUUCUGCUGCAAGGCAUCUGUGAUAUUGUUCUCCAGCACGCCGAGGAACACUUCCACGUUUACGUCAAAUACUGUGAAAAUCAAGCGUUAAUGGUGAAAGCGCUGCAGCGGCUGAGGGAGCAGCCUGGUUUUAGCUCAACACUCAAGAAAUUGGAAAGUCACCCGGCGUGUCAGAGCCUGUCGCUGCAUUCGUUCCUGAUGCUGCCGAUGCAGCGAGUGACCCGGCUGCCGCUGCUCCUCGACGCAGUCCUCAAGAACCUGCACGCGGAGGACCAAGAGUACCAGGCUUGCAUGCACGCACUCGCCACACUCAAUAACUUCGUGUCGCAGUGCAACGAGGGUGCUCGCAACACGGAGCGCAUCGAGGAGAUGUUCCGAGUGUCGCGCAUGCUGCAGUUCGCGCCGCACGUCCGCUCGCCGCCGCAGCUCGCGCCCGCCUGCGGCCGCCGUGACCGCAGACCUGUCCGGUGGCUGGUGCGCUCAGGCGAAAUGACGCAGAUAGUGUGGAAAUCAGACGAGUCCAAACUUACCUUCGGCAAGAAGUUCCACAAGGUGCCGCUCUACGUGUUUCUCUUUAAUGACAUCCUCGUAAUCACCAAGAAGACAGGCGAGGACUCGUACCUGGGCAUCGACCACUGCCCGCGCUCGCUGCUGGAGGUGUCGGCGGGCGAGGCCACCGGCGCAGCCAAGUACCCGCUGCUGCUCACGCUGCUCGAGAACCACGACGGAUGCACCGUCGAGAUGCUGGCGUCGUGUCCGUCGGAGACUGCGUGCCGGCGGUGGGCGGAGGCGCUGGCGCCGGCGGCGGCGGCCCCGGGCGAGGCGCUGUACGCGGGCUGGGACUGCCCGCAGGUCGCCGCGCUCUACGCCUACGCGCCCGCGCAGCCCGACGAGCUGCAGCUCGCGGAGGGAGACGUCGUCAACGUCACCAGGAAGACCGGGGAGGGUUGGUACUAUGGCGAACGGACACGAGAUGGCGAAGCGGGCUGGUUCCCGGGCUCGUACACUGCAGAGAUCGCGUCCGCGCACGUGCGCGCGAGACACCUCCGCCAGCGGUACAGGCUCCUCGCGCUCUCCUCCUCCUACGGCGGCCACAAGCGGCGUCUGCACUGACUCCUCACCACUGUAUCACUACAUAUGAACUCCCCGCCUACGUGAACGGUCCCGAGCGGCACACUAACAUCAAGGACGGCCCUAAAUGUGUUAUACAAUGGAAUCUCACAAACGAUGUCGCAGCGAAAGUUUUGCUACUUGCCAAUAAACAAAAAGCAAAAAUGACUCAAGACUCAAUCUCAAUACGCGAAGUUCUUUACGCGUAUUCAUAUUACAUCACAUUUUUAAGGUUUGUAAAUAAGCAGAAAAUAUCAUUUAAAUACGUUAUCAGUAUGUAGAUUAGGUACUAGUGUAUCUCUUGUUACCGAUUGCACGGAGCUUCGCUACCACCGCGGAGCAACGCUUAACUUUUAACGUCCGUCCUGCACUGCCUUAUUUUUAUUAGAACUUUACUCGCAAAAAAUAUUUUUGUAACAAUUUAUGAGUGCGGUUCUCUUAGAGGAUUAUUGCACCUUAAUGUUAUAUAGAGGUGCUCGUUACGUCGAUACACAAGAUGAUUUUAGUGUUUAAUUUUAUCUCUCAAAGAGUUAAGAAAAUGUAUUACAUUAUCUAUGUUUUAUUGUGGAAUGUACAGUUACGUAUGAGAUUCGCAUUAAUUAUUUGUACAGAGUAAUUUAUCGUUUUAGAGCAACAUUACUUGUGCAUAGUUAAGUGACGUUAUCCAUAUAUUCCCUUAGUAUUAGACCUCACUUACCGCGACGUUUGGAAAUUUACCUAGUCAUGAUAAAGCGGAAAGUCAAGCAUUUUGCAUGUUUUAAAUUUUUUUAAUUAUGCCCGUUAUUACUCUAAAAUGUAUAAUAUAAAACAUUCCGAAAACUCAGAUUAUUAUAUAUAAAUAUACUUUAUAAUUACGAAAAAUUAAAUUGUAUGUAUGUACUUAAGUAAAUUAUUUUGUUGUGUAGAUACUUUUCAAAUAUGUGACGAUAACUAAUAUUAAUAGGUUAUAUGAAUUUA